GAAUGAUCAAAUCCUUAUCUUGUCUCGAGUAAAUAUCGAGACACUUUUAGCUCAAGGUGACGCGAAGGUUGCUAUGCAAAUAAUUGACCUUAUGGCCAAGACAUUUGCAGAAUACACACAAGGUUGCUCUGGCGACCCCCAAAAGGCUUUAAAAGCCCAAUCGCCUCAACGUAUUACUGUGUCAACUGACUCACAUAAAGUUUUAUUCAUGCCUUCAAGAUUACAAGAGACUACAUCGAUUAAAAUCGUGAGUGUGCCUACAAAAAGUGGCUUGAGUGGGUUACCAGCUACCACCCUUGUCUUAGACGAACAAACAGGUUCUGUCAAAGCCGUUAUGAACGCAGCUGCAUUGACUGCCGUUCGAACAGCCGCAGGCUCUGGACUGGCAACACGAUAUUAUGCAAAUCCUGCAUCUAAAAACCUGGUUGUGUUUGGAGCAGGUGCUCAAGGGAGAUCACAUGUAGAUAUGAUGAUUGCUGUUUGUCCCACCAUAAAAACGAUUGCUAUUUGGAAUAGAGGAGAAGAACGUCGCUUGCAACUGAUCCAAGAAUUAAAAGAAGCUUACCCAGAUCGUACAUUUGUUUCUGCCAAUGAAGACUUACAAGCACAUGUUGAACAAGCAGACAUUGUCUGUACUUGUACUAAUGCUACUGAUCCUGUCUUAUUUGGUGCAUGGUUAAAGCCUGGUGUUCAUGUCAAUUGUGUAGGUUCUUAUCGCAUGGAUAUGCAUGAAGUAGAUGCAGAGACCAUCAAAAGAGCUGAGGUGAUUGUGGUUGAUUCAGUGGAUGCCUGUGCUCAUGAAGCAGGUGAAUUAGUCAAGUCUUCAGACCCUAAAGAUUGGGUUGAAAUGGGCCGUGUUGUUUUGGAAAAGAGGGACACGGAGCAAGAUAGACAAAAAAUCACGCUGUUCAAAAGUGUAGGCAUUAGUGUACAAGACAGUGCUAUCUCUGGACUUAUGGUUGAACGCGCAGAACAAGAAAAAUUAGGAUCAUACGUUCAAUUUUAAGAAACACAUGUUAUUAAAUGAUAGAAAAAAAAAGAGCCUUUAUUUAACAGAAUGAAACGAAGACAAA